AUGGAUAACCUAAGCCUCCUGUUGAGUCUAUCAAGCCACACUUGCGAAGGAAGCUGGCCACUUGGGGACGGACGACACUACGACACCCACUUACGGCGAUCACGACAAGCGACAACCGACGAGGUCCUUCCGCAAGGUACCCAUAUAACCAUCGCCAACCUAGACAGACCGAUGAGCGAUUCAGGGUGACCAAUUUCGACACCGCGAUCCCCCCCAAUCAAGCGCGUCGGCGCCGCCCACGGCCCACGACUACCUGAGCCUCCGGGCCUUCGUCUGGUUCCCGCGAGCACCAGCACACCGCCCACAAUGUAUUCGUCGCUGGUCAGGUUACAAAAUACAUUCGGCUUCUUCACCACCGUUGCUUUUGUGAUUGCCGCCUUCAUUGCCGCCUCUGACUUUGCGUCACCGCGGGCGCCAAGCGUUGCGACGCUAAAAACGACCAGCCUCCAGGUUGUCCGCGGCCGGCCGCACUACUACAGCAGCAAGAAGGAGGAGUAUGCUAUCAUCAAGUUCUCGCUCGAUGCGAACUUAUCGUCGCUGUUCACGUGGAACACGAAGCAGGUGUUUGUGUAUGUGACGGCCGAGUGGCCGUCGUCGGGGGCCGAGGGCAACGCCACGAACCAGGCCGUCAUCUGGGACACCAUCAUCACGGCCCCGAGCGCAGACCACCUCUCCAACCUGGGGCCUGCGUCGCUCAAGAAGCUGCGUAAGAGCGCCGCCGGCAAGAGCAUCGACCCGAGCCGGGGUCUCAUCUCGCUCAAGAACCAGAAGCCAAAGUACCAGAUCACGCACCCGUCAGGCAAGAUCGCCGAGACGCAGGACGUGAGGCUGCGGCUACACUACAACGUGCAGCCGUGGGUGGGCGUUCUGGCGUGGAACCAGAACGUCGACUACGGGCGGUGGAAGCGGUUGAAGGGCGACCUGAGCAAGAAGUUUGCUCUCCCGGCCCUCAAGACCAAGGCUGCUACCACCGGAGCCGCGGGGACGGGGACGAAAGCAUAAAAUGUUAAAACAAGUAUUUGGCUAUCUAUACGGAGUAAACCCGGCUUGAUGAAACCGGCAGGGUUUGAGUAUUACGAAAAUAUGAAAAUAAUUAAAAAUCGACGUUAAACCAUGAUUACUUCAGGUC